CCGGAGUGCCGCCCAGAAGGUGGGAGCUGUUUCUGAACGUGGCCAACGGGCUGCAGCACUGACUGUACAGCGAGCCUGUCAAACACAAGCAACACAGCCAACAUGGCGGACUGGGACGCUGACAACUUCGAGCCGGAGGAACCGAUUAAAAAGGCGGCAGCGCUGGACAAAUGGGAAGGCGAGGACGAAGAUGAAGAUGUUAAGGACAACUGGGACGAUGAUGAAGAAGAUGAAGAGAAAAAAACAGAUGUGAAGAAACCAGAACCAAAAGUUUCUGAAAAGAAAAAGCUUAGUGAAAAGAUAAAAGAGAAAGAAAACCGGAUGAAGAAGAAACAACAGGAGGCGGUGGAACAGCAAGAAGAAGACGAGCUCACUCCUGAAGAACAGCUGGCAGAAAAAUUAAGAGUGAAGAAAUUACAGGAAGACGCAGACUUGGAGCUAGCAAAAGAUGCUUUUGGUGUUGGCAGCACUUCAAACAGUGUCACUGGAAUUGAUGCCAUGUGUCCAUCUUCCAAAGAAGACUUCACAGAGUUUGAAAAAAUGCUAAAAGAAAAGAUAACCCAGUUUGAAAAAUCUGUGCAUUAUUCAAGUUUCUUGGAGUCAUUGUUUCGGGAACUUUGUAUUUCAUUGGAAGUAGAUGACUUGAAGAAAAUCAGUAAUUCCCUGUCAGUCCUACUUAGUGAAAAACAGAAACAAGAAAAACAAAACAAAGGAAAAAAGAAGAAGAAGGGGGUCUUAGCUGGAGGUGGUUUGAAAGCACAGCUCAAAGAUGACCUUGACUAUGCAGCGUUUGAUGGAGGCUACGCCCAAGACUAUGAGGACUUCAUGUGACACUGGCUUCAUCACUACUGCCCUUUCCCCUUCUCCCGACUGUCAGAAAUGCAGCUGUACCUUCUCAUGCUGUCCAGUGCCAUCCUGGAAAAUCUGAACUGUGUCUUGACCCCUUCAUUUUGCUUCAGUGACCAGAGGGACUAUACCAGGAAGCAUCCAGUCUCACCACUCACGUUUUUUUUCUUCUUCUUCUUUUCUCCUUCCAUGCAAAUGGAAUUGCCUUUUCUCUCUCAUUCAGCCUCAACUCACAAACAAAUCACGCGGAAUCGGUUGCUCGACCCAGCUACAAUGGAGAAUACUACCAUAACUGCUGUUAUCUGAGUUUUGCAGGGCUUGUUUUUUGUUUUGUUUUUUUUGUUUCUUUUUAAAUUAAAUGUUGCUCCUGUCAAAAUGUCAGAUACAGUUAUUGCAGUUAUAAGUCUAGUGACAUAGAAACACAUGGUUCUAUGCAAAUCCUUUAAACAGAAUGUCAUGUAUAUAUUAUAGGUCUCACUUACCUGUGGAUGAUUUUCUUACAGGCAAGUGUAUAUAGUAUCUAUAACUUCAGUUGCCAAAUGCAGACAAUUAUUCAGUCCAUUAUUCAUCUUUAUUUCUGGAAAGGUUGCAUUGUGGGAGACUGACGCAACAUGAACGUAGUAGUUGUAAGCUUGCAGAGAGCACACAACAUUCACUGUAAGAUAAAAGGGAUAGAGAAGUAUAAUAAAUGUGACUUUAAAACCUC